AUGCCGCCUUCCAAGUGGGACGAAGAAGAAGAGAGCACCUCGCCUCCUCCUGUUGCUGCCCGCCGUCGAUUCGACGACGAAGAGGAAGAUGAUGUCCUUGACUCUUGGGAUGCCGCCGAAGAUUCGGAGGUAGAGCGCGAGAAAGCAAAGAAGGCCGAAGAAGCCGAGGCCAAGGCCAAGGCCGCGGCAGCCGCCAACAAGAAGACCAAGGCACAGCGGAUAGAAGAGCACCGGGAACAGCGACGGCAGGAGGCGGAUGCGGGCGAUGAUCUGGACGGCAGCGAGGACGAAGCAGAGCGACGCGAGCGGCUGCGGCGCACAGAGAAGGAUUCGGACCUCAAGCACGCCGAGGACCUCUUCGGGGAGGUCGACACGAAGCGCAACCGCGGGGCGCCCAAAGCCGUCGUCGUCAGUGACACGGCCGACCCCACCAAGUCCGUCGACCUGUCGGCCAUGCCGCUGUUCAAGCCCACCACCAAGGACCAGUUCGCCCGGCUGUCGGACACGCUCAUCCCGCUGCUGACGCCGCACUCCAAGAAGCCGCAGUACUCGAUCUGGGCGCAGGAGUUUACCCGCCGGCUGGUUAAGGAGCUGCCCAGUGCUGAGAUCAAGAAGAUCGGCAGUGCCCUGACCACGGCUAGCAAUGAGAAGAUGCGUGAGGAGCGUGCGGCCGACAAGGGCAACAAGAAGACCAAGGCGGCUAAGACUAAGGUCUCGCUGGUCUCGAACCGGGACAACCAGAUCGAUAACACCGCCUACGAUGGGGACGAUGGUCUGGGCGAUGACGACUUUAUGUGA